AUGAUACAUAGAAGUGAGGUUCAACUUGAAACACUGCUUGACACCAACGACCCCAACGACUACCCGAACCUCGCGGCCGAAUUCACCGCCAUCAGCCUCGGCCACAUGGACCGCAUCAAGAAGGAACUCGACAUGAAGAGGAAGCCUGGAACCAUACGCCGUCCACAGGGAGAAUAUUCUGGCAAGUACUGGAACGAGAUCAAGAACUUCUGCAUCAAGAUCAUUGAGACGGACGGCAAGUUAGAGAUGCGUUUCCAGGGGAGAGAGUCUGGGGCGUUUGAGCUUGCUCAUUAUGAGAAUGAUACGUUUACUUGGUGGAUGCCGUAUGAUGAGAUUGCUCGGCGGGGUCGGUAUAUUGGCGACUAUGCUGCUUUGUAUUACUUGAUCAAGUUCUCGAGCUCAGCGGGGGGUGGAAUUGACACACUGGGAUGGGCUUGGAACCUCAACUUGCCGGAUGAGAUUGCUACUUUUUCAGCGGAGGGGAAGUGA